CUCCCCUCCUGGUGACUGCCGCCAGCGGACGACCAUGCCCAGGUAUACGGUGCACGUGCGCGGAGAGUGGCUGGCGGUGCCCUGCCAGGAUGCGCAGCUCACGGUGGGCUGGCUGGGCCGGGAGGCCGUACGGAGGUACAUCAAGAACAAGCCAGACAAUGGUGGCUUCGCCUCGGUGGACAACGUCAGCUUCCUCGUGCGCCGCUGCAAGGGCCUGGGCCUGCUGGACCACGAGGACCCGCUGGAGGUGGCCCUGGAGGACAACGAGUUCGUGGAAGUGGUUAUAGAAGGGGAUGCCAUGUCUUCCGACUUCAUUCCAUCGCAACCAGAAGGAGUUUACCUAUACAGCAAAUACCGGGAACCCGAAAAGUACAUUGCCUUAGAUGGGGACAGCCUGACCACAGAGGAUCUGGUCAGCUUGGGCAAGGGACACUACAAAAUCAAGCUCACCCCCACUGCUGAAAAGAAGGUGCAGAACUCCAGGGAAGUCAUAGAAAGCAUCGUGAAAGAAAAAACUGUUGUUUACGGCAUUACUACAGGUUUUGGGAAAUUUGCCAGAACUGUAAUUCCUGUCAGUAAACUAGAGGAGCUCCAGGUCAACCUAGUACGUUCACAUUCUUCAGGUGUUGGGAAACCACUAAUCCCUGAGAGAUGUCGGAUGCUCUUGGCUUUAAGGGUCAAUGUCUUGGCCAAAGGAUACAGUGGCAUUUCCCUGGAGACUCUCAAACAAGUUAUCGAAGUAUUUAAUGCCUCCUGCCUGCCCUAUGUUCCAGAGAAAGGAACUGUUGGUGCCAGUGGAGACCUUGCCCCACUCUCUCAUCUUGCUCUUGGGCUAAUUGGGGAAGGGAAGAUGUGGUCUCCGAAGAGUGGCUGGGCUGACGCUAAAUACGUCCUGGCAGCUCAUGGAUUGAAACCAAUUGUUUUGAAGCCAAAAGAGGGUCUGGCGCUCAUCAACGGGACGCAGAUGAUCACCUCCCUGGGCUGUGAAGCUGUGGAGAGAGCCAGUGCCAUUGCUCGGCAGGCUGACAUAGUGGCGUCCUUGACCCUCGAGGUGUUGAAGGGCACCACCAAAGCCUUCGAUACUGACAUUCACGCUGUUCGCCCUCAUCGUGGGCAAGUUGAAGUCGCUUUUCGGUUUCGGUCCCUCUUGGACUCAGAUCACCACCCAUCUGAAAUAGCAGAAAGUCACAGGUUCUGUGAUCGUGUUCAGGAUGCUUACACCUUGCGCUGCUGUCCACAGAUCCAUGGUGUGGUGAACGACACAAUAGCAUUUGCGAAGAACAUCAUUACCACAGAAAUUAACAGUGCAACAGAUAAUCCUAUGGUCUUUGCCAGCAGGGGAGAGACUGUUUCUGGAGGAAACUUCCAUGGUGAAUAUCCAGCCAAAGCCCUGGACUAUUUGGCCAUUGGCGUCCAUGAACUUGCUGCAAUUAGUGAAAGAAGAAUUGAAAGGCUCUGCAACCCCUCCCUCAGUGAGCUGCCUGCCUUCCUGGUGGCUGAAGGUGGUCUGAACUCUGGAUUCAUGAUAGCCCACUGCACGGCUGCAGCCCUGGUUUCUGAGAACAAGGCUCUAUGCCACCCCUCGUCCGUGGACUCUCUCUCCACCAGUGCUGCCACGGAGGACCAUGUCUCCAUGGGAGGAUGGGCAGCGAGGAAAGCCCUCAGGGUCAUUGAGCACGUGGAGCAAGUGCUGGCCAUCGAGCUUCUUGCAGCCUGCCAAGGGAUAGAGUUUCUACGCCCUUUGAAAACUACCACUCCACUGGAGAAGGUCUACGACCUGGUGCGCUCAGUUGUAAGGCCCUGGAUAAAAGAUCGCUUCAUGGCCCCGGACAUCGAGGCAGCGCACAGACUGCUCAUAGAGCAGAAGGUUUGGGAAGUAGCUGCACCAUACAUCGAAAAAUACAGAAUGGAGCAUAUUCCAGAAUCAAGACCUGUUUCUCCAACAGCAUUUUCAUUGGAAUUUCUGCACAAGAAAUCGACCAAAAUCCCAGAGUCUGAGGAUCUUUAAUGCUUUUUGUCACGAAUUAGCAGAUCAGAUGGUACUUAGUUUAACAGCAAACACUAUUAUGCUGAAGGAGAGACCUGAGAACUUUCUCAGGUGGAUCAAUCAAUUAUAUCGUUCAGUUCUAAUACCUGCUCUGGUUAGGCUGGUGACAGUAUUACAUUUAUUAAAUCUAGCACUGGUUACAGAUGCAGCUGGUGUUUCCAGAUUAUAGGACAUGCACAAUUAACAAAAUCUUAAUGAAAUCUAUAGGCCACUCACUCUUAAGGGUGAGAAGACUAACCACAACUGCAUGGACCUUUGACUCAAUAUUAGAUGAACUCAAAUCUUGAGACAGAUUGAUGGCAUUGUUUUCCAAAAACAUUAGACUUUUGUGAAUCUUUUUUUGUUUGUUUUGGGUUUGUUUGGUUUUUUUUUUUGCUUUGUCAAACUCUCCACUAGCUAACUCUGGCUGAUUGUACUGUGCCAUGCUAUGAUGAAUGUUCCUUAAUAUUUUGUAAAUGACACUUUUUAAGUCAUAAUUAGUUCUUA